AACGCUCUCGCAUCACCCUACUUUACCUCGAUCGCGCUGUAUAUUGUCACGGCGUCAUCAUGUCUUUAAGACAACAAGAGGCGCCAUUGCGCGCGCCGGCUGACGACUCAGACGUCGAAGAAGAGGCGCUCGCUAACGACUACCGUGAGCAAGUGCAAUAUGAAGAUGGUAUGGACGACAUCGACCACUCCAGUUCUUUUGGUCAGUCAGGUGGAGCAGAUCUCCAGGCACAAUUAGCGGCAGCUGCUACGCCUCUUGAAUUCCAAGCAACCCUCGAAACAAAGAUUUUGAGCUACGACAACUACUGCAGUCUCUUCCACUACAUACUAAACUCGGAAGGGCCUGUGGACAUUGAGGUCCCAUCUUACUACUGGGCAUGGGACGUGAUCGACGAAUUCAUCUACCAAUUCAAUAGCUUCUGCGCAUAUCGACAGAAAGUCGCUCUGAAGGCCGACAAUGAGGAUGAAAUUGCCAUACUCCGCGAGAACCCGAACACCUGGGGAUGCUACAGUGUCCUCAACGUCCUUUAUUCCCUUAUCCAAAAGUCACAAAUUACAGAGCAACUAGACGCUAUGAAGAGGGGAGAAGAGGCGUCAAAUUACGCUGGAGAGUACGGUAACAGGCCGCUUUACAAGAUGCUGGGAUACUUCUCUAUCAUUGGACUUUUGCGGGUACACUGUCUGCUUGGAGAUUUCAGUCUGGCCAUCAAGACCCUCGACAACAUCGAGCUGAACAAGAAGGCCAUGUUUGCCCGCGUUAUGGCUGCGCACUUUACCACAUACUACUAUGUUGGAUUCUCGUACAUGAUGAUGCGCAGGUAUUCGGAUGCUAUCCGCAUGUUCAGCCACAUCCUGGUGUACGUUUCGCGGACGAAGAAUUUCCAGAAGAACGCCCAAUACGACUCAAUCUCCAAGAAGAAUGAUCAGAUGUACGCCCUCAUCGCGAUCUGUGUAGCUUUCCAACCCACAAGAUUAGAUGACACUAUUCAUACUGCACUGAGAGAAAAGUUCGGCGAGCAGUUUACCCGCCUUCAACGCGGAGGACCAGAGGCAUUGCCUAUAUUCGAGGAAUACUUCAGGACUGCGUGUCCUAGAUUCAUCUCGCCAACACCUCCUGACUUCGAUAACGCUGAGAUCAACAUUGACCCUGUGGAGCACCACCUUGCUAUCUUCAUGGAGGAGGUCAAGGUUAACAUGUGGUCACCAACUGUGAAGAGCUACCUUAAGCUUUACACAACUAUGGACCUCAAGAAGCUUGCUGGCUUCCUCGACGUAGAACCAGAGAAGCUGAGACAUUGGCUACUCGUAAACAAACAAAGAAGCCGGCAGGUCAGGUGGAGCGAAGGUGGACUUUUGGAUGGCGAUAUUAUCAAUAGCAGUGAUUUGGACUAUGCCAUGGAAGGAGAUUUAAUUCAUGUCUCCGAAGCAAAGGUUGGUCGUAGACUGGUAGAUUGGUACCUGAGGAACUUGUCAAGGACAUACUGAAUAUGAGGAUUCGAUCUGGAAGACCCAUAUCAUUUCCUAUCGUCCCGUAGCAUGGAACAUCGGAGCAUGGAGUUAGCAUCUUUGACGAAUCAAUGCGCACAUUGCCACUUCCAAGGCGCGGUAGAAAGAAUCCGUCAGAGUGUCUAGUGAAGCUAGAAUGGCUAGAUGUACUAGAAAGGUAUAUAUCUAAACAAAAUAAUACCCUCCAACGCAGGCAUACUGCGCAAUGACGGUCAACGCAGUCGCGG